AUGUCUGACUUUGCAUUUAACAACUACUGUAUACAUUGUGACAAAUUGUGUCCAACAAAUUCAGUAUAUUGCUCAGAAGAGUGUAAAUCGAUAGAGUACCAAUCAUCAAUGCAAUCAAGUAAUAACUACACUGCUACAUCUUUUGAGCAAUAUCCAUCAUCACAUCAUCACAAUGAAAGCCAGUAUCACCAUAACAACUCGGUAUCGUCAGUGUCGACCACCGCCAGCAAUAGUAAUGAAUACGCUCCAAAUGACAUGGUUUCACCAUUAUUGACACCGGCUUUGUAUCUUCAACAACAGCAACAACAACAACAACACCUACAAUCUGUGUCAUCGCCCUUGAUGUUGGCUUCACAUAUCGAUGUUGAAACAAAAGAUGACAGUCAUUAUGAUUUGAAUUAUUUUGAUUUGAAUUACUCAGUUAAAUCCAAUACCAAUUACACCAGUAAUAAAACCAGCAAUGAGUUGAUAAAUUCCACAUCACACAAUUAUCGUAAAUGGUUGACUGCCUUGUAA